CCAAACGAUUGAUAACCUACCUCUAGCUGAAUGAAAACCCAAGAGCUCAAAGACGGCCGGAACGCCCAUGCAACAAAGAUAGCUCUAACAGCAAUAUCGGCGAUGGCGGGGGAAACAGCAACUUUCCCGAUUGACCUCAUAAAGACGAGGCUUCAACUCCACGGUGAAUCUCUCGCCUCAUCUCGCCGGACAUCCGCCGUUCGAGUAGUAUCAGAGAUCUUAAAAAACGACGGCGCUUUUGGACUAUACAAAGGAUUAUCACCGGCAAUUAUAAGACAUCUAUUUUACACUCCAAUCCGAAUCGUGAAUUAUGAAUUUUUGCGGAAUUUUUUGGUUCCUGCUGAUCAUACUCUCUCUCUCCCUAGCAAAUCUAUUAUUGGUGGAAUAUCUGGUGUUAUUGCUCAGGUUGUGGCAAGCCCAGCUGAUCUUGUCAAAGUUAGGAUGCAAGCAGACAGUAGAAUGGUAGGUCAGGGUAUGGAACCUCGAUAUCGUGGGCCAUUUGAUGCUUUCAACAAGAUUAUUCGGACUGAAGGCUUUGGGGGACUUUGGAAAGGCGUACUCCCAAAUGUCCAAAGAGCUUUUUUAGUUAACAUGGGAGAAUUGGCAUGCUAUGAUCAUGCAAAGCGCUUUGCUAUCAACAACAACAUAGCGAAUGAUAAUAUUUAUGCACACACUUUAUCAUCUAUAAUGUCAGGCCUGUCAGCGACUACAUUGAGUUGUCCGGCAGAUGUAAUUAAGACAAGAAUGAUGAAUCAGGCUGCUGACAAGCAAGGGAAGAAUAAGUAUAGAAACUCUUAUGAUUGCCUUGUCAAAACUGUCAGAAUUGAAGGAGUCAAAGCAUUGUGGAAGGGAUUCUUUCCUACAUGGGCCAGGCUUGGCCCUUGGCAAUUUGUAUUCUGGGUAUCAUAUGAGAAAUUCCGACAAAUUGCUGGUCUCUCGUCAUUUUAACCAAUUCAUCAUGCUGUGCAUUAUAAAACAGUGGAGCAAAGCAUUGAAGCUGAAAAGGCAAUCAAAACUCAACCGAAUGGUCAAAAGAUGCUGAAGUUCUGCAGGCGGAACAGGACAUGCUCCUAGUUCGCACAUAACUGAUCCGAGAGCUCAUCGAACGUCAAGUAUAUAUGAAGAUUCCACUGUCGCAGGUGCCCAAGACAAGUUCUCUACCGUAUGCAAAUUAAAGUUCAGAGCCGAAAAGUUGGACCAUUGCUACCGCAAGCGGAGAAGUCUAGUUCCAACCGUGCACACAAAAAACAUCAGAGAGGUGCAAAAUAACGGUAAAUAGUUAAUUAAAUUAUAGAAGAUAAACUAAGGUCUUCUAGGAAUUUUUCUUUUUAAUAAAUAAAUAAAUUUUAAAAGAGACUAGUCGAAUUAUAUAAUAACUAACGUUACAUGCCGCCAUUUUCUUUGUUUUAUUUC